GUCGGCUACAGUAGUUAACUGACGUCCAGAUCAACAAGCCACUAUUUUGGAAGCAGUUUGAUAAACACUCACUGUUCCUCAGUUGAUGUCAGUCAGCUAUCUGCGUUUCCAGAGACUUAUCAGCGAUAAACCAGCACAGAACUAACCAGCCACAUAGCCCUGAACCGAUAAGGUUAGAAGACUUCGUCCGUUGAACUUUUCAAGACAACUAGCUCGUGUUUUUGUAUCAAUUUUUACACCAACUGACGGCCAACGGUCGUUUUUUUUUUUGAUUGACCUAAUCUUUUACAUCAACCGAGCUAGCAGUUUUUAUCGUGUUAACGUUAGCUCAUUUUUGUUUCGACAAAAAGGCACUAUACUCGGUUUUAUUUGUAUAAGUCAAGCAAUCCGUUUUGUUUUGUCAACAAGCUAUUAUUUUUCAUCGAAGAACUACAAAACCAACGAUAUUAAUCACUUGAAAAAAAGGGCUAAAAGUGUUAGCGUUGACAAGGCACCUAACACUAAACCCUUGAACCGUUUAAACAGUCAUUAAAAAGAACCUGUCUUUUAACUGAAUGGUGCUGAUUUUAGUACAUUUAACUUGAACAUAACACCGUUUGGCUCUAGGAGUAACUGCCUUUUUUUUUAAAGAAAUAACUAGAACAGCCACCAGGGUGUAAAAAGGCGAGCAUUGGUAGAACCUGAGGCAAGUUGUGUACAUCCAAGGAAUCCCUCAUCGGAUUUUUACAUUAAUAUCAGUGUUAUUGUGGAAAAUGGCGGCGAUCGGAAUGGUGCAGAUGUUGAUCGAAGCAGCCGAGUAUCUUGAGCGCAGGGAACGAGAAGCUGAACACGGCUAUGCCUCCAUGCCACCAUUCAUCAGCAGCGGAGAGACGGAAAGCUUGAAAAGGAAAAGCAAAAGCAAGAAAAACACAAGUAGCAGGCAGUGGAAAGCACCAGCUCCUCCAUUAAAUGGAUGGAGAGUCCUCCCCCACCCUACACACCCUACACAAACACACUGGUCUACGCACAAUGAAAUGGAAAAGAACAGACGGGCAAAUCUACGGCUCUGUUUGGAGCGCUUGAAAUCCCUCGUUCCCUUAGGAAAGGAUGCCAACAGGCACACCACCCUCAGCCUGCUGAUGAAGGCCAGAGAACAUAUCAAGAGGUUGGAGGAGAGCGACAGGAGAGCGCAGCACACGAUGGAUCAGCUGCAGAGGGAGAGGAGGCACCUGAGGAGACGCCUCGAACAGCUGGGGGUGGAAAGGACCCGCAUGGACAGCACCGGCUCCACCCAGUCCGACAAGUCCGACUCUGACCAAGAGGACCUGGAUGUGGACGUGGAGGGGACGGACUACCUGCUGGGGGACCUGGAGUGGAGCACCAGCAGCGUGAGCGACUCGGGGGACGAGCGGGGGAGUCUGCGCAGCAGCUGCAGCGACGAGGGCUACUCCAGCGCCUGCCUGCUGCGCCUGCAGGACACUCAGGAGAUCGCCACGCAGCUGGCCUGCAGCCUAUAGGCGCCAAGCCCCGCCUCCUCCUCCCCCUCAGCCAAUCCCGUCCCAGGAUGCCUCACCACUCCCUAAAUGCGAUCUGAGACCCCCCCCAGCCCCCUUACUUUGACCUCCAUCCAACACCUUUUAGACACACCCACCCAUCAUCAGCGGUCAGUCAUUAAGGUGUCCCCCGCUCUGCUCUGCACCAAUCAAACGAGUGGGAUUUUAAAGACACUCCAACCCCCCCGUCACUCCGUCCAUCCGUCAGAAACACAACUUUCAGCCAGAGAAUGUUACUACACAAUGCCCCACUGCCUCUUUUCUAUGCCUCAAGAGACAUGGGAAGCACUUAUGAGAUUUCACAAAUACUAACACACACACACACACACACACACACACACACACACACACACACACACACACACACACACCCCUCCAUCGCUCCUGGUUGUCCCGUCCUCCCAAAGGUGUGACACUGACAUGAUGCAGGGCUUUUUUCUGCCCCGUCAUGGUACUUUUGCACUUACAGCAAAAACAUCUUUUUUCAAAUGCUGUCUCUUAAAAACUUGAAGGAGCCCCCCCGCCCCCCCCCCCCCCCCCCACCACUACAGUAAUGUUACAAGAUGAGCUGAGCGUUAUUAUUAUCUCUGGCCUACACUAAAGCUGCCUGUGUGAGGUGUGACUCGGGGCUGCCAGCAAUACGCCGCUUAGCACGCACCCAGGCAUCGGCAGGCUCCUAACUUUAUGAUUUUCUGUCCACACCUGCCAGUUUAGAGAGUACAAAAACGUAAAAAAAAAACUUUGUGCGGCAUGAGAUUGUGAAAGGGAGGGUUUAUGGGAUGGGUUUUUAAUGUUGUUCUCCCUCUCUCUGAUGACUGUUGCGUUUUCACAGCAUCCUUUUAUCGUAAUGUGUGUUUGUCACGUUUUGAGGGGGGUCACUAGCCGGUUUGGAAACUUUUUUAAAACGCCAGCCACCGGGGCCCGAUGCAGGUUACAUGUUGGCAGGUGCUGGCACAUUUUAGUACACGACUUCCUCUUGUUCUUCACUGCCCCGUUCAGCAGGUGUUAACAGGAAGAUCUACUGAGAGAACAUUCCAUGUGUAGAGAGGACAGACAGGCAGGUGAGAUUAUUUUCACGAGUGGAUGUUCCUGCCAUUUAUUUAUGAAGGAGCCCAGAUUGUCUCUCCUUCGCCUUGCCUUCAUAGCUAUUUAUUGUUUCUGCAAAAAAAAAAUGUUAAUGUAAAUAGUUUACAGAAAUAUCUCUAUGUCUAUCAACAAAUGUAUUUAUUAGAUAUACUAAAUAUAUAGAUGAAUAUAUAGAAAUAUAUUUAAUUAGUCAUUCUACUUGUGAGAGUUUCCGAUGUGUAGUGUUGUUUGCACAGCCUAGUCAAUCCUUAGAGUAUUUAGAAUCGUCUCUUGUGCCUCGAGGCUUUUGUUCACAAUUCGGCACGGUGCUCAUAGGAAAUGAAAUGUUUUUCUUUGUGAUUGGUCAUAAUUUUUUCGCUGUUUUCAAAAAGCCAACUCCCUUUUUAAACGGGGGGAGUAUAAAAUGACAAAAAAACUUGAAUAAUUUAUUAAAAAAUGGACUUUUAAAAAAAAGUAUAAAAGAGAGAUGAGCUGGUGGCCAGGGUGAGCGUGGAGAUGAUUCUUCUGGCAAGAGCUGCGCUAUCUCCGUGCAGAGGAACCCAAAAACGAAAACGGCCGCCUCGUGAGAAUGUAGCGCCUUUUUUGUUCGGUUCAAAAAUCAUCACGGGCAGCAAAGGGGAGGGUCUUCUGAAUGUAAAUGUCCUCUAACCCUGCAGUGUAGCAGCCCGACGCCAAAGGAACCUCCAUCCCACAUCCACCCACCGCUCACAAGUCUCAUUGAAAGCAUGAAUCCGAAAAAUAGAUUUAGGAUUGUUUAGUGUGGAAUGCUGCUUAUUUUAAUAUUUGUUUUGUUGUCAAAUUGGAAACCUUUUCAAACGGAGAGGAGCUAUGUAGCCGCGUUACGAGGAGAGCUAAAGGGGAGACGUAACGGGGCAUAAAGUGUGAGUGAGUGGGCAGUUGUGUUCACUGAAAUGCCAUCUGUCAGUGUGUGUAUGUGUAAACAGUAUGUGUGAGUGUGUGUGUGUGUGUGUGUGUGUCGUCGCUGUCUUCAGAGAGACGUUUUUAGGGGUGGUAGAGGGUGGGUGGUUUUAAAAUUAUAUUGUUAGGCUUCGUCUCUGUUUGCUAGUCAAAUGCAAAAAAAAGUCCACUUCAUGUAUUUACCUAAAGCAUUAAUGUCUGUUGAAGGGAGUCUCCUGUUUCCUCCUUUUUCCAUCCAUCUCCUGUUGUGUGUCUUCCGCCAAUCUGUGUGUGUGUGUGUGUGUGUGUGUGUGUGUGUGAGAAAGUGUGUGUGUGUGUGUGUGUGUGUGAAAUGCUUGAUUUUAUGACGAACCCUUUUAACAUUUAACCAGUUGCAGUUUGGCGAUAUCAACAAUUCCUUUUCCAAAAUCAAACAUAUCCAAAAUGUAAUUCUGUCUGUAAAAAAUAACUGCAUUUCAUUGAUUGCUAUUUAAUUCGUUUUUCUAGCUUUCACCAUUGACUUAUAUUCAAACUCAAUGACAGAUGUAUCUAUUAUUCAUCUUUGACGUGUUAUAAUUCAACAUAUCUAUGAUGUUAUUUUGGCUAGUUGCAAUUGUAAUAAGGAUAUCUGCAACCCAAUUCUCACAAGUGGAGAUGUUGUAGAUAUCUUAAUUUAUUCUUAAUUUAUAAAUAUCUCAUGUUCUGACUAGUCCAAAUGUACUCAAUUUAGAUAUCUAGAAAUAUAUAUUUCAGAUAUAAUACAAUUCUUACUAGUAAAGUAAUUAUAUAUUUGUAAGAUUACACACCUAAAAUACAAAAUGUAACAACUCAUUUGUUACUAUUCAGAAUUUAAUUAAAUACAAAAUAAAUAUUCAAAAUGCUGUUGAAUAUAUCUGAAAAUUAACUAUUUAUUUUUCAACAUGGGGAAAUUCAAUUGUAGAUAUCUUAUCAAUUACUACGUGUGAAAAUGUACUUGAAAUCUGUGUCAAAAUCUCUUUAAUUUAAAAUUCAAACUAUUAGUAACUAAAUCACUGCUAGCCAGCUCUACUGUUUACAUUUGAAAGGGUAUGCCACACAAGAACAUGUAACUCCCCCCCCUCACCCUUCCUCCCCCUCUUAAAGACCCGGUGCUCUCAGCCUCAGGACGCAGGCGUGGAGUCUUUAAAGAACAACACUUUAAGAUGUGUACUAAGCAUCAGGAGAAACUCGUGUUCAUGUGUAUAUUUGAGAUUGUUUGUUGUUGCACAUUUAAUGUCCCUGCAUACAAAGUGGCUGAUAAUGCCUUAAAACACGACAGAAGUAUAUAUGAUAUGUAUGACUGUAUAUGAUAUAUUUAUAUCGACGUGUAUCACAAGGGUCAUUCCUUUCAUUGUCUCAGGCGUGGUGCUUUCAUGCAACACACACACACACCGUGUCAUAGCUCCAUGGACAUCGUUGCCGCCUUUCUCAAAGGUCAAAUGUCUGUUUGUUGAACAAUAAGGAGGGCGUUUUGUGCACCUACUUUUUAAGAAUUGGAUCAUUUGGACACUGUCUUCUAAAGAAAACACUUACAAUGUUGGGGAAAAUAACCUUUUAAAGUGAGUUGUGGAGCAUCAAUUUGUAUUUGCCAUUGAUAUUAAAGGAAUAAAACAUUGGAAACCCUUGUUUACCUACCUAA